AUGAGUGGCGGAGGAGAUGCAAAGUUCUUUGCUAGGGGCAAAGUUGCUGAACUUCGGAUUGAGCUCAAUUCCGACAAGAAAGACAAAAACCAUGUUCGAAAGAAGAUCGCCCUCAAGAAAAUCGUGGCCAACAUGACCAUGUCGAAUAAUGAUAUGGCUGGUCUGUUCCCGGAUGUUGUACAAUGCAUGCAGAUACCGCAGCUCGAGAUCAAGAAGAUGUGUUUCCUCUUUCUCGUCAACUAUGGACGAAUGAAACCAGAGCUUGCACUCCAAGGCCUACCGAUCCUUCUCUCCGAUAUUGAGGAUAGCAAUCCCCUAGUAAGGGCCUUGGCGCUUCGUACUCUUUCAUACAUACACGUUCGUCAGUUCGUCGAAGCUACUGUUGGACCGUUACGGAUUCGGCUUAGAGAUCCAGACCCAUACGUCCGUAAAACCGCCGCUUUCUGUGUCGCAAAACUCUACGAUCACGAUAGGGACUUGGUCGAAGGAAGUGAUCUUAUUGACAAACUUAAUGGGUUACUCCAAGACGACAAUCCAACCGUGGUUACAAGCGCAUUGGCUGCUCUGUUAGAUAUCUGGGAAAGAGAUGGUGGGAGCGGUGGCAUCAAAUUGGUUAUCGAUAAAGCAAAUGCCGGAAAGUUCAUCCAGAUUUUGCCAGAUUGCUCUGAAUGGGGUCAAACAUACAUCUUAGAGGCUCUGAUGUCUUAUGUACCACAGGAAACCUCAGAAGCCUCUAUAAUGGCGGAGCGCAUAUGCCCUCGCUUGCAGCAUUCCAACAGUGCUGUUGUUUUGACUUGCAUCAGAGUCAUAUUAUACUUAAUGAACUACAUUGCAUCUCCUCAGGAGAUAUCAGCAUUAUGUAGGAAGCUUUCGCCACCGCUAGUCACACUACUUGCCAAGGGCCCGGAGGUGCAAUAUCUUGCUUUAAGAAAUGCUCUUCUAAUCUUGCAGCGACGUCCAGAGGUACUAAGGAACGAUAUCAGGGUGUUUUUUUGCAAAUACAAUGACCCGAUAUAUGUUAAGGUGACAAAGCUCGAAUUGAUAUUCAUGCUGGCAAACGAGGAAAACAUCCGGGAAGUAUUAACAGAACUAAGAGAAUAUGCCACAGAAAUUGAUGUUCACUUUGUCCGGAAAUCCGUUCGCGCUAUUGGGAAACUUGCCAUAAAAAUUGAGCCAGCAGCUCGUGAAUGUAUAAGGACAUUAUUAGAGCUCGUUUCGACCAAAGUUUCCUAUAUAGUGCAAGAGGCUACAGUUGUAAUCCGGAAUAUCUUUCGGAAAUACCCUAACCAAUACGAAUCUAUCAUUUCGACGUUAUGCGAAAAUUUGGAUUCGCUGGAUGAACCGGAAGCAAAAGCCGCGAUGAUCUGGGUUAUCGGACAGUACGCCGACAGAAUCGAGAAUAGCGAUGUUUUAUUAGACGACUUCUUAUAUGGCUGGGCGGACGAACCGGUCGAGGUUCAGUUAGCCCUGCUUACGGCUACGGUAAAAUUAUUUAUACAACGACCAACCAAGGGCCAGGACCUCGUCCCAAAGGUCUUAAAAUGGGCCACGGAGGAUACCGAUAACCCAGAUCUCCGGGAUAGAGGCUACAUGUAUUGGCGGCUGUUAUCAGCGGAUCCUGCGGCGGCAAGGGCCGUGGUAAUGGGGGAGAAGCCACCAAUUUCUGCCGAAACCGAGAAGCUUGAUCCAGCAACUUUGGAAGAAAUGUGCUUGAAUGUAGGUACGCUCGCAACGGUUUAUCUCAAGCCCGUGAACCAAGUGUUCCGAGUCGCUCGCCCCAGGAAACUUGAGGACUCGCCAGCUCUCCAGAAGCACUUGCUGCCUACUGUUCAAGCAAUGGCCGAGAUGCAAGCGAUGAUAUCUAGGCAAGUCGCAUCGCCUCAACCGAAGGCAGAAACUGCUCACGAAAGCGAUGUCGCAGCAGCAGUUGAUUCUGCAGACGAUUACUUCGCCUCGGUUCCGCCAGGAAACAUGGGCAUCGGAGGCGGCGUAGUUAAUAGCAAUCCGUUUUCUGGGGUAAUGCAGAGUCCAUCGGAUCUCAUUGAAAACAACUAUGGACAAGUCAAUCGCCCGCAAACCAACUUUGCUCAGAAUAAUCAGGGCGACCUGAUUCUCUUGUAG